AGGAAUGUUUGAUUGCAUUUUGUUAACAGAAUAUGUUCUCUCUGUCCCAACUUGGUAAAUUAAUUGCAAAUGUCUUAUCAGAAAAGGUGAAGGAAUCCCAUUCACUCUACUGUACAAUCCAUGGCUAUACAAUCGUUUCAUGGCACUAACCAAAAUCGAGCAAGUACAGGAGAAGCCCAGCAAACUCCUAAGAACAAGUCUAACUCUUCACCAUGGCCUCCUGCCAGUUGCAAAAACCCGCUGAGCAAACCUGCAACCAGAAAAGCCAUGAGCACACAUUUGGCCAGAAAAUAACAGAGAUGACUCAUCGAGUAUUUAAAUCACGCAGCGAACAUAAACAUCACCAAGGUCACCAGGGACAAGAACCUGGCCACACUGUGGUGGCAUGCCAGACCCAGGGCAGUGGCCAGACAUAUGCCCACCAACCAGACCAAGGGAUUCCCAAAGCAGAGACUGACAGCAGUGGAAAUACCCAUGUGGCCCAGACUCAAUCUCACUGCAUAGGCCAAGCACAAGGCCACCAUGUUAAGCAACAGGCGGCUCAUAAUGCGGAUUGCCAUGGGAAGAAUGGAAAGUCCUUGAAAGAAAAAAUUGCUGAGAAGAAGAACAAAGUUAAGGGCCUUUUCAAGAAAAAGAAUCAGGAACGCGGAUGUGAGGAUAAAAAAAGCUUCAGCAGCAGCAGAAGCAGCAGCAGUGACAGUGAGAGUGACAAUGAUGCCUCUCGUAAAAAGAACUGAAAAGCAGAAGGUAAAGCAAGGGAACAAAUUUGGCCUCACAAUCACAAGGUAUGUUAUAACAAAAUAAAUGUGAGUCUCCAUCAUUGGCUACAAGGAUGAUGGCCCUGUAAUGUAAGAAUAAAAUAAAUUCUGAUGCACUAUCAUCAUAUAUGUAAUAUAUAAAAUACAGAUCU